UUUGAGGAAUUAGAUUAAUAAUAUAAGAAGUAAUUUAUAAAAUGGUUUUCAAUCAUUUCAUUGACAUAUUCUUGAAAGAGCAAACUUGUGCACAAUUGAGCGCAAGCCGGUUUAAAUUAUCAAUUCGCAAAAAUUAGUUCAGUAAUGGUUGCAAGCAGAUGUAAUAGGUAAAGACUUGAACUAAAAAGCAACGAUUCAGCGAGAAAAGACGAACUAUUUCCAAAGAACAGUGAAAUAACCACAAAGUAGAAAUGAAGGAUAUCAAAACAAAAUCGAAACUGGAACCAGAGUUUUCAGAAGCAGAAAUAGUGAAUAAUGGACCUUCUAUAGGAGUCAGACACUUCCAAGCAAUGCUUAUGUUCCUUCUGCUUGCAAUCGGAUAUGCCAUGAGGGUUAAUCUAUCAGUAGGUAUAGUGGCUAUGACUAAAGCGUCCAGCAAGAAUCCGGAUAUACCGAUAUAUGAUUGGCAAAACACCAAUUUUAUCUUGUCGUCCUUUUUCAUCGGGUACGUGUGUUUACAAGUUUUUGCUGGGGAACUUGGAAAACGAUUUGGAGUAAAGUGGCUUGUUGUAGUUGCAAUGGUUAUUAACUCAGUUUGCUGCAUUUUGACACCUAUUACUGCUGCAAAUUUGGGAUCAUAUGGAGUCAUGGCAAUUCGAAUUAUGCAAGGGUUAUUUCAAGGAUUUUUUUUCCCUUCCGUGCACAACAUUUUAGGAAAAUGGGCUCCAAAAGAAGAGCGAACUACACUGGGAAACAUGAUAUUUACAGGUGUAGCGUUUGGUACUAUCGUUGCAAUGCCAGUAACUGGCUACAUUUCAGCCAGUUGGGCAGGAUGGCCAUGGGCAUUUUACCUAUUCGGUAUAAUAGGAUUACUUUGGUGCAUAAUUUGGACAAUAUUUGGCGCAAAUAGUCCUCAAGAACACAAAUAUAUUACCAAAGAAGAACAAUUUUAUAUUCAAUCAUCUAUAGGAGACAUUGAACAGAAAGAGCCUCCACAUACACCGUGGAAACCAAUUUUCAAGUCGAUGCCGUUCUGGGCUAUAGUAGUUGCAAACUCUGGGCAAAACUGGGGCUAUUUUACGUUGUUGACGGAGAUACCCACUUAUCUGAGCAAAGUUGCAAAUCAACCAAUAUCAGAGAACUCUUUGCUUUCUGCUGCCCCCUACUUAGCACUAUUCUUAUUGGGAUUGUGUUUCGGUCCUACAGCGGAUUGGAUUGUUCAAAAACAGCUACUGACUACUCGUCAGACGAGGAAAUUAAUGAAUACAAUUGGUUCGUUCGGGCCUGCUCUAGCGUUGUCCGUUCUCGGAUUUAUUCCUAAUCCCGAGAGCAAUGUCGGAAUCAUUGAAGGUGUACUGAUUAUAGCUGUGGGAAUCAAUGCAGCCAUUUGGUGUGGUUUCCAAGUAAACCACGUCGAUUUGUCCCCGAAAUUCUCCGGAGUACUUAUGGGAAUCGCAAAUGGAUCUUCGAGUAUUUUCUCAAUUCUGGCGCCAAAUUUUGUACAGUUAUAUGUUACAGAUCUGACAGACGCAUCGCAAUGGAGGAUAGUAUUUCUGAUUGCCGCUGGUGUAUACGUGGCAUCCGAUAUUUUCUACAUCAAAUACGCAGAAGCCGAGAUCCAAUGGUGGAACAAUGUAGGAGAAGAUGAGAUUAGCAACAGUACUAUCCCUAUUGCGGACCGAGUGGAGGAAAAAAAUCUUAGUGUUAGCAUAGUGUUAAAAUAGUAUUUUUUAUAUUAAAAAGAACCCAACAAAUUACGAGUUUUACUCGUUGCACUAACAAUACAGACCGAAAUUCAAAGAUUAAAGAAUUUGCAUUGCUGUGGGAUUGAUUUUUAAAUAAUAUGCAAUUUAUAACAGCGGUGAAAUCAUCAAGAUUUUACAAUAAAUUCUUCGUAACGAA